AAAAAAAAAAAAAAAAAGCUUCUCUUCCUUGUUGUGGGACAGAGGCGCUCGAGUCGUUUUUACUUUUAACAAUCAUUAAAUCGAACUCACAACAACUCUACCGUCGUCAUUGUUAAGAAACGCGAACCGAGCGUGGGUUGAAAUUCAACGUGGCUGUUGCUCUUUUAUUUUGUUAGCCGCUAACUUAGCAGCCAACUCAACUUGGAAGUUCGAAUCGCUUCGAAAACGAGUGUUGACAAUUAACAAAAAAAUAAUAACCGAUAUUCUAAAAAACACAAGUUCCUUUAACUUAUAUUUUACCAUUAAGUUAAAUGCCAGCGCCCAGUGUCAGGAAUUCGUACUGGAGUGAAUCAGGUGUAUGAGGCUCAGCUUCGCAGUCCCGAUGUAAAAAGGCGUCAAGCUCAUGGCACCUCCCAGUUAACGCCAUGGCCCAGAUAUCGAGAGGUAAUGGCUUUAAGGUGGACGUCCCCCAGCCUAAGGGGCUUGUGGGUAAAGAGGAAGCCCUUCGCAUGGAAGAGGAGGCUUUAGCCAAGCUUCAGAGGGACAAGAGGCACACGUUCUCCUCUUCUCCCACCGGGAAGUCCUCUCCCAAGUCAACCAAGCCCAAGUCUGCCAGCGUCCCUUCCGCUUCUUCUCAACGUUUGCCCGCCGCCAAGAGACCAGAAAAGGACCUGAUUGUGUUCCCCGAGACCAAGAAGCAGCCGGAGGCCAACAAGUUCAGGGACAUCGAUGUGGACAAGCUGACCAACAAGGAGCUGGAGAAGCUCCUGCUCGAUGAAGAUUUUGGGGCCAACAGUAAAGUAACCCGCCCGUCGUCGCUGCUGGGCUUUAACCUCAGCGCUUCUUAUCCCGGUGGCAAUACGGGUAGCUCCUCCCCUUUCCAAGGUUCCCAAUGGACGCCCAUCCUGUCCACGCCGUCGAGUUCGGCCGUGUCCACGCCCACCCAUCAGCCGGCACCCUUGUUCCCUUCCGCCUCGUUCCCCAAGCCGUUCCAGAACGGCUUCCCUUCAGCCAUGUCGCCCUUCAUGCCGCUGCCUGCCCAGCAGACUUCUUUCCUGCCCUUCGCUCCCAUCCAGCCUGCCGCCAGCGCCGCCAUGGUGUUCCCCCCGCCGCCUGCUGUGGACCCCGAGAUGGCAAAGCUCUUUGACAAGAUUGCCAGCACCUCGGAAUACUUGAAGAACGGCAAGUCGACCUGCACUGACUUAGAUUCGGCUCCGGCGCGCCCCGCCUCCCUGGCGCCCAACCCGGCGCCCCAGCAACCGGCGGCCGCGGAAUCCACCGGCAUCGGCCGCUUCGGCUGGCUGGACCUGGACCCGCUGACCAAGCGCAAACCCGACAACGAGGAAGCCGGCACGCCGCCGGUUGACCAACCCGAUGAGGCGCUGGGCGUUCCCGCCGGGGAUCCCUGGGACGCCGUUCUGGAGACUGAAGAAAAAAGUAACAAGGGGGAAGCGUCCGGGUCGGCCCGGUCGCAGCAGAGGAGGGCGUCGACCGGGGCGGCGGUCACCAGGAGCCACUCGCUCAACAUCUCGGGAAGUUCCUCACAGCACAAAGCAAACUGUCAGGACAAGGGUAGAGGAAAGGGUCUACUGAAGAACGAUGCCCUGGAAACGCAAGACGCUCAGAACCUGGAGGUGGUGGCCUUCUGCAAAGAUGUUGCGAGCCUGCGCUCCAAAUUCCCUCACGGCGACACGUCCAGCAACCCCGGCUACUUCCGUAGUCCCGUGAUCGCCCAGAGGAACGUCGGAGGAGACGGCACCAGCUGCUCCGUGAAGGUGUCCAUCGAGAUCUCCGACUCUCAGCAGCCCGUGACCUUCACCUGUGACGUGAAUUCUCCAGUGGAGCUCCUGAUCAGUCAGACCCUCUGCUGGGUCCACGACGACCUGGACCAGGUGGACUUCUCCAGCUACCUCCUGAAAGUGUGCGGCCGGGAGGAAGUGCUGCAGAAUAAACACAGCCUGGGCAGCCAUGAGUACGUCCAGAACUGCAGGAAGUGGGAGAAUGAGAUCACAUUACAGCUUCUGUCUCACUCCACCAUGAGACGGGACUUGGCUCGCACUGUGGAGGAUGACAACGCAUCCAUCAACUUGGAGAGACACCUAAGCUACGUGGAGCGACCAUUCAAGGAGACCGCCACUAGACAAGGCCUCAUUGACUACCUGGAAGGUUAUCACAACCAAGUUAACAUCUGCCUACAAGAUGAGAGUACCCAGUACAAGACCGUGGACCGGGUGGUGCAGACGGUGAAAAACUUCUGCUGCGCUCUGGACGAGGUGGAGACUCAGGCUGUCGCCGAAGCCAUCAAAAGGCUACGACACUCCGUCAAUCUGCCGAGGACGCGCUCGCCGAUGGUGGGCUUUCAAACACUCGGGUCAAAUUUGUUGGUGUGUAUGUGGUCGUUAAAAAUGAAUCUUCUGUUUCAGUUGGGGUCCCCAUCAUCUGGGCAGACUGCAAACGGUCACGGCAGCCCAGUGGACGAGAGCAUGGCGCUGCUCACCCAGGCCGUGUACGACUUAGCCAAGCUCUACCUGCGCUCCUUCUGCGCGCCGUCCGCCGCCUCCUGCUCGCUCAACGGAGACGCGGCCGAGAAGGUGCAGAGCAGCAAAGAAGCCUCCGGAACGACGGACCAUCUCCAGUUCACCCUCUUUGCCCUGCACGGCAUCCCGGCCAACUGGGUCAGCAGUUACGAGAAAUACUUCCUGGUGUGUUCCCUCACCCACAACGGCAAGAACCUCUUCAAGCCGGUCCAGUCCAAGCGAGUCGGCACGUACAAGAGCUACUUCUACCAUAUCAAAUGGGACGAGAUAAUUCAUUUCCCCAUCGCCGUGGCGGUGCUUCCCCUGGAGUCCAUCUUGGGCCUGACCCUGUACGGUGUGCUCAACCAGAAUGCCGGAGGCUCGCCGGACUCCAACAAACAGAGGAAGCCCCCGGAGAUGCUGGGCAAAGUUUCCAUGCCGCUGUUUGACUUCAGACGGGUUCUCGCCAGGGGCACCCGGCUGUUGUGUUUGUGGGCGUCAUUACAGGGAGGCGUUGCUGGUUCUGCAGGCGGCCGCAAAAGGAUGUCUGCGGAGAGAAUUGUGCUGCAGGUGGAUUUCCCCAACCCUGCGCUGGAUGUUUUGUAUGUGGGACCUCUGGAACCUGCCACUUCAGAGCCAAGUCCAAAAGAGGAGCUUGACCGCGACCUCCGACGCAAACUGGAGAAGAUCUGCAGCCGAGCGUCCAAUUUUGGGCUAAGGCGAGCAGACCACCAGCUCCUCUGGGACCACCGUCUCCAUUGCCGGCGGGAUCACCCCAGCAGCUUGCCCAAGGUGUUGGCCAGUGCGCCCAGUUGGGAUUGGGCCAGCAUGGCGCACAUCCACUCCUUGCUGCACCACUGGCCCCCGCUGCCUCCCGUCACUGCCCUGGAACUGCUCGACUCCAAGUUUGCUGACACCGAGGUCAGGCGGGUGGCCGUCAGCUGGGUUGAGAAGAGUACCGAUGACGAGCUGGCGGACUACCUACCGCAGUUGGUGCAGGCUUUAAAGUUCGAGUGUCACCUCAAGAGUGCCCUCGUCAUGCUGCUGCUUUCCCGGGCGCUCGGCAACAUCAAUAUCGCACACUACCUCUACUGGCUGCUCAAGGACGCCGUGCAGGAUGCGACGUGGGGACGGCGUUACGAGCGCGUGCUCGGCGCCCUGCUGUGCCUGUGCGGGACCAAACUGCGGGCCGAGCUGGAGAAACAAACCCAGCUGGUCACGCUGCUCGGGGCCGUGGCCGAGAGGGUGAGACAGGCCGGCGGGUCCACGAGACAGGUGGCUCUUCUUGAGGGUCUUGAAACCGUUCAGAACUUUUUCCAGAGAAGUCGUUGCCGACUUCCCCUCUUCCCCAGUCUGGUGGCCAAGGAACUCAACAUCAAAGCCUGCUCCUUCUUCAACUCCAACGCUCUUCCUCUCAAGCUGGCUCUGGUUAAUGCUGACCCGCUAGGAGAGGAGAUCAAUGUUAUGUUCAAGGUCGGAGAAGAUCUGAGGCAGGACAUGUUGGCGCUGCAGAUGAUUCGCAUCAUGGACCGCAUCUGGCUGCAGGAAGGACUGGACCUUCGCAUUGUCAACUUCAAAUGCAUCUCCACCGGCAAGGACAAAGGCAUGGUGGAGCUGGUGCCGUCCUCCGACACUCUGAGAAAGAUCCAGGUGGAGUACGGCGUCACGGGCUCCUUUAAGGACAAACCGUUGGCCGAGUGGCUGCGCAAGUACAACCCCGCCGAGGACGAGUAUGAGAAGGCGUCCGAGAACUUCAUCUACUCUUGCGCCGGCUGCUGCGUGGCCACCUACGUGCUGGGCAUCUGCGACCGGCACAAUGACAACAUCAUGCUGCGCUCCACGGGCCACAUGUUCCACAUCGACUUUGGCAAGUUCCUCGGUCACGCUCAGAUGUUUGGCAGCUUCAAAAGGGACCGAGCACCGUUUGUGCUGACCUCUGACAUGGCGUACGUCAUUAACGGCGGCGAGCGUCCCACCAGUCGCUUCCAGCUGUUUGUCGACCUCUGCUGCCAGGCUUACAACCUCAUUCGCAAGCACUCCAGCCUUUUCCUCAACCUGCUAUCACUGAUGACGUCAUCGGGGCUUCCAGAGCUGACCGGCUCCCAGGACCUGAAGUACGUUUAUGACGCGCUGCAGCCGCACAACACCGACGCAGAGGCCACCAUCUUCUUCACCCGACUGAUCGAGUCCAGCCUGGGCAGCGUGGCCACCAAGUUCAACUUCUUCAUCCACAACUUGGCCCAGCUCCGCUUCUCGGGUCUGCCGGCCAACGACGAGCCCAUCCUGUCCUUCUCGCCCAAGACGUACACCUUAAAGCAGGACGGCCGCAUCCUCAACGCUUCCAUUUUCUCAUUCCAGAAGAGAUACAACCCUGACAAACACUAUACUUAUGUGGUGAGAUUGCUCAGGGAAGGGCAGAACGAGCCCCAGUUUGUCUUUCGCACUUUUGAUGAGUUUCAGGAGCUCCACAACAAACUCACCAUCCUCUUCCCCCUCUGGAAGCUUCCAUGUUUCCCGAGUAAGAUGGUGCUAGGCCGCACGCACAUCAAGGAGGUGGCCGCUAAGAGGAAGCUGGAGCUGAACAACUACAUCCACAACUUGAUGAGGAGCUCAGCUGAGGUCACACAGUGCGACUUGAUCUACACCUUCUUUCAUCCGGUGGCACGGGAUGACAAGACGGAAGAUUUAGAUGCGACCCAAAGAGCUCCUGAGCCCCCGUUGAGUCCAACGUCGGGCCGCGUGGAAGGCGAGAUCAAGCUGUCCAUCUCGUACAGGAACAGCAACCUCUUCAUCAUGGUCAUGCACAUCCGAGAUCUGGUGUCUGAAGAGGGGACGGAUCCCAACCCGUACGUGAAGACGUACCUGCUGCCGGAUCCACACAAGACCUCCAAGCGCAAGACCAAGAUCUCGAGAAAGACUCGGAACCCCACCUUCAAUGAAAUGCUGGUGUACAGCGGCUACAGCAAGGAGACGUUGGGCCUCCGCGAGCUGCAACUCAGCGUGCUGAGUGCCGAGUCACUCCGCGAGAACUACUUUCUGGGUGGCAUCACGCUGCGCCUCAAAGACUUUGACCUGGGCAAGGAGACGGUCAAGUGGUACAAGCUCACUGCCGUGCCCUACUUCUAAAAAAAAAAAAAAAAAAAAAAAAAGCCACCUGAAUUGUUUCUGUGACAAAACAAUCGCCGCUUCCUUUUUUUGUCUCUUCUCCUAUUAACAAUGAGAUGUAAUGUUUUGUACAUUUUGAUAUUAGAGGACCAAAACUUUCACAAGAGUAAAUAUAAAUAUAUAGAGAGAGAUAGACACAUUUAUUUUUUAAGGACUAGAAACAAUUUUUUUUUUUCCUUUUCUUUUUUUUUUUUUUUUUAACAUGUGCUCCUUCCUUAGGGGGCUUCACAUUUUGCUGCUUUAACCGCAAAACACUUUGGGAUGGUCUCACAAGCCGGACUUAAGGUUAUAAACUACCGGAUUCUCCCUGAAGGUGUUAAGUUGGCGGUAUUACUUGCAGACAUUUGGGUAGUUGAACCCACCAGAUUUCAAAUAAUCAAUUACAGGACUCUUCCUGGAAAUGUUAAGUUUGCUGUUUCAUCUCAGCGUUUCAGGUCAUUUGACAAGAAAUUCCCGGUAUUGCAAAAAAAAAACAGUCCCCCCCCCUCUCCCCCUUUAAAAUGUGCCAAAUUUAGCUAAAUACAGCAGCACGAAUUUACCACUCAAACAGGUGCCUUAGUGACGGCUCACAAUCUCUUAUAAUAACCCGGCCUUACUGCUCCACUUAUUUUGAAUAACCACCUCACAAGGAAGAUGUAUUUUGGAAAUUGCUAAGUUUUUUUUGCAAGGUUGUUGUUUUUUUAUGGUCAAAGUGGGCGUCCACUAAUUGCACACUCGCUGGUGUUAAUGGCAAGACAGCACACUUUGUGACUUCACUUGCAGUGCCUACAUGUCUAUUUGCAAUGUUCCGGGUUUCUCCCGUUCAGCACUUUUUACCCUCUCAAUGAAAGAAAGAAAGAAAUAAAGGGAACAAGAAAACUCACAAUAAAGAAAUUAAUCAAGUUUUCCAUGACAUGCAGGUGUGUUCAUAUAUCAUGACAAUGUUGACCAUCGGUGAAAAAAGUGAAACUAAUGAUAAUUAAUCCCACUUUGGUUCACUCUCGUGCUGUAUAAAGAGAGCAUUUGUGUUAACACGGCCAGUUAUUUAUUAUUAAUUGGUGACUUGUACCUUCACUCCUCAAUGGCACAGUGUGUGGACUUUAAUCCCUCUUUCCUAAAGCAAAUUAAAUGUUUUUUGGAACAAA